AUGGCUCCGACACAACAAGCUCACACCUACGAAUCUGCCGGAGAUAAUGCUCCACGGGCCGAUAAGAAGUCACAUGUGUCAAAGGCAGUGGCUAGAGAGAUGAAUCGGCUGAAGACUCAGGAAGGCCAGAUGAUCAAGGCUUUGAGUAAAAUGAACUUCAACGAAAAGAGGCAAUACGACCUUACUAAUAAACAGAAGAAGCGCUUGCGAAGACGCGAGAAUGCCGCUGUAUAUGCUCCUGAUCCGGACAAGAUUGCUUUGAAAGAAGAGAAGGCUGCGCAACGUGCUCAGGAUCCAGAGAGGAUUGCCAGAAUGGAAGCUCACAACCAGAAGACGGCCGAGAACAAGGCAAGACUCCAAGCCAAACGCGCCCGCAACAUCAAGGAAAGCAGACAGCACGGCGCAGGCAGGUCCCUCAUGGACAAGAUCAAGGUCGAGACAAGUGAUGCGUUGGAGCACGCAUCUGCUCUACAGUCUCAUGGUGCAGAGAACGAAUACAUCUCGCGAGGCCCGGCUAUCAGAAUCAGAGGUCAACGCGCCGCUCACCAAGUCAAUACGGAGCUCCAGGACCUCGCCACUGUGCAUAGCAUGCCCGAGGAAACCGGUACGGACGCCUUCUUGGACCGCGCAGACUCCCUGAUCCACCAGACGCUUGCGUCAGUCAACUCUGUUCUGUCACCUGCCGACCGCAAGAACCUCGAAGAAGCCCUUAGCCUUGUCCGCACUGUACAACUGCUUUCGAGCAAGGACCACCGCCCUUUGCAAAACAGUACCAGCUACACCGGACAAUUCGACCGCGUGCUCCGUGGACCCAAUCCAGACGAGUACCUCACUCAUGAUCGCAGAAGUGCUAGCGCAGGUGUGCCUAUCAAGCAGGAGAAUACAUCGGAUGGCGACGCUUUCGCACAGCAGCGUGAUUCAAGAUCUGAUGGUCAUCUCAGAGGUGGAUUCAGCGAUGGCUUCAAUCUCUCACAAUCAGGUAUCCCCGAGCGAGACGCUAUGGUGGAAUAG